CCGAGGCUGGGGGAUCGGCGUGUUUUUUGGUGUUUUCCUUUUUAUUCAGACAUGUUUAGAACAGCCUCUCGGCGAGUCUCCCGGCCGUUACCAUUACCUGUCCGCCCCCGAGCUCUUGUCGCUUCCCCCUCGCGCACCUUCACAGGCGGUUAUCCUCGGAUGUCGUCACCACCACACUCAUUCUCGUCGUCACAGUCAACGCUGCCGACCGUUGUACCGCCCGUGUCGACAGUGCUGCCCAGCGACUCGUACCAGCUGCUAGCGACGGGCGACAAAGCGGGCGCCGCGGAAGAUGCUCUCUACGAACAGCAGAUCAAGGAUGUCGAGGCGUGGUGGAGCAGUCCGCGGUUCGAGGGCAUCCGACGGCCCUACUCGGCUGCGGACAUUGUGAGCAAGCGUGGAUCGUUGCAGCAGACGUAUCCUAGCUCGUUGAUGGCGCGGAAGCUGUUCAAUCUGUUGAACGAGCGGGCGGCGCAGGGAGAGCCGGUACAUACCAUGGGCGCCAUCGAUCCCGUCCAGAUGACGCAGCAGGCUGCAAACCAGGAGGUGCUGUAUAUCUCUGGCUGGGCGUGUUCGUCGCUGCUCACCACCACGAACGAGGUGUCGCCGGAUUUCGGCGACUAUCCUUACAACACGGUGCCGAACCAGGUGCAGCGGCUGUUCAAGGCUCAGCAGCUGCACGAUCGAAAGCAGUGGGAUUCCAGGCGGAAGCUGUCUGCUGACGAGCGCAAGACGACGCCGUAUGUCGAUUAUCUGCGGCCCAUUGUGGCCGACGGUGAUACGGGUCACGGCGGUCUUUCGGCCGUUUUGAAGCUAGCCAAGCUGUUUGCGGAAAACGGCGCGGCGGCCGUUCACUUUGAAGACCAGCUUCAUGGCGGCAAGAAAUGCGGCCAUCUGGCCGGCAAGGUUCUUGUGCCCGUGGGCGAGCACAUCAACAGGCUUGUGGCCGCCCGGUUCCAGUGGGACAUGAUGGGCACCGAGAACCUGGUCAUUGCCCGCACGGAUUCGGAGAGCGGCAAGCUAAUCAGCAGUGCGAUCGACGCCCGGGAUCAUGAAUUCAUUCUCGGCGUGACGGAGGAUGUCGAGCCUCUUGCCGAGACCCUCCAGGCGAUGGAGCGCGAGGGGGCAGCCGCCUCGGAGAUUGACGCCUACGAGCUGGACUGGGUCAAGCGGCACAAGCUCGUCACCUUCGAUGAGGCUGUCGACGCUCAUCUCGAGGCCGAGGGAGCACCCCAAUCUGUCCGAGAUGCCUAUCGGCAACAAGUGACAAACAACCCCGACCUCUCCAUCACGCGCCGACGCGCUCUCGCCAGCGACUUCUCCAAGAAGCCCGUCGUUUGGUCCUGGGACGUCCCUCGCACCCGUGAGGGCUUCUACCACUACCGCGCCGGCUUCCCUGCGGCGACCAAACGCGCCAAGGAGUUCGCCCCGUAUGCCGACUUGCUCUGGGUCGAGACCGGCGACCCCAACGUGCAGAAAGCAACUGGUCUAGCGGCAGAGAUUCGUCAAUCCCACCCGGGCAAGAAGCUCGUGUAUAACCUCAGUCCGUCGUUCAACUGGAUGGGCCAAGGCUUCGACGAGGCAUCUCUUAAAUCCUUUGUCUGGGACCUAGCCAAGGCAGGAUUCGUUCUACAAUUGAUCUCUCUUGCCGGGCUUCACUCCACCGCAACAGUGACCACCGAGCUCUCGCGCGCAUUCAAAGACGAAGGCAUGCUGGCGUAUGUGCGUCUGAUCCAGGCACGCGAGAAGGAACUAGGUGUCGAGGUCCUCACGCACCAGAAAUGGAGCGGGGCGCCGUACCUGGACGGCAUCCUGGGGGCGAUCCAGAGCGGGAGCAGUAGUAGUCGGAGCAUGGGUGAGGGGAAUACAGAGAAGGGUUUUUAACUAAAUGUAUCUCUAGUAUUCUUGAGUAUCAACAAAUAGCAUUCAACAAUUCCCUCCUUGUAACCAAUUUCAUAUACAAUUUAACAUCAGUGUACAUUCAAAUUCCAUAGCGAGGUGUAUACAGAUGGGUAUAUUCUAUUCCGAGAGUGAUGAUCUUCCGUUCAUCCAUCAUACGACGGACGUCAGGUCAGGAUCAUGAAACAAUUACUUGGAAGCAGUUGAUACGUCACAAUCCCAGUCUCGGCUCUGAUUCGAUGGCCCUUCUUCAGUCUUGCUGUCAGUUGAUCCCUGUGUGCCAGUAUA